AUGACCCCAGGUUAUUAUUAUUACUCUUUGGAAGAUGUCUUGACCAUCGCCAGCGUCCAUCCUUUCUAUUCCGAUUCGAUGUAUCCACCGACGCGUGAGGAAUUGCCAACUGUCCUUGAAAAUGCCAAACAGAGCGCAUAUGGGUUGAAGCUAGCAUCAUUUCCAUUGACCAGAAAGGAUACUUUAUACAAACAAAUUGCCCGACUUACCAUCGACACCAGUCCUCGCAAUGGCUACCGACAAGACACCUACAUUAGCACAACUGGCGGUGGCUCAGGAGGACCCCCCAUGGUAUUUGCCACGGACUCAAUCGAGACGCGCCAGCAGAGAGCAAUGCUUGGAUUGAUGCUGAAGAUAUGUGGAAUUAUCGAGCCAGGGGACUGGGUGUUGACCAUGCAUAACGCGGGCUACUUUUACAGAGCCUUAGAUCUCAUGUCGGAGGUCUUUGAAAGUGCCGGCGCAGCAGUCCUCUGCGCUGGUCCCGACAUGCAUCAUCAUGAUAUUGUAGAUGCAAUUGCACAGUUUCGCGUUAAUACCAUAUCCGGUGAUGUCGGCCACUUGAUCCAACUGGCCAAGUAUGUCGCAACCCUUUCAGAAGAAAAGAGAAAGUCACUCCAUGUUACAAAAGCCCUCUAUACCUCUGAAGCUAUCACCCCCGCCCAACGAAGCUUUCUGUUCUCUGUGUUCGGGGAUAUUGCACUGAGUUCAGUGAUUGGAAGCGCAGAAGCAGGACCAUGGGCUGUUUCCAGCCCUGAGCAGACCGCAACGACUGUUUAUGAGAACUAUGCAGACUUCAUCUUUGAUGAUCGCUUGAUUCAUCUCGAGGUACUUCCUUUCUCCAUUGAGGAGUCUGACGAGAGAGGGAAUAGUGGAGACAUUGCAACCGUCCCCAACGGUGAGAAAGGUCUCCUUGUACAAACUUCAUUGCAACGACUGCGGAAUCCUUUACUCCGCUACAUCUGUGGUGAUGUUGCGUCCCUCCAUCCAUUGCCAAACACAAUCAGAGCAAAACUCCCCAUGGAAAUUUUGCCGCAUUACCAUGUCAUCCGCAUCUACGGCCGUGAUCGUCGGAUCAGCUUCGACUGGUACGGUGAAUACUUCCAAUUCCAAACCCUCCAGACUCUCAUGCGAAUUGAAUCAUGGGGAAUCCUCCAAUACCAGGUUAUCCUACGCCGCAAAGAUAACGAUCAAGACAACGUGGACACAUUCCUUGAAGUUCGUAUCUUGCGAAACACAGGCGGUGAAACUAUUAGCCAGGAGGAACUCACCCGUGAAAUAAGACAUUUUUUCAUGGUGUUUGAGAACAAUGAACAUCUAUUUGAAUUGAGGUUUCUGGCUGAUCAUGAGGGGUUCUUACGUAGUACGACAGGGAGGAAGGUGAUUAAUUUUCUUGAUUUGUGCAAAUGA